GACUUCCUGUUAUAAAUAGGUACCUAUUUCUGCCGCCAAGAGUAUUUAAAUAAGUUUUCAGUUCAUUUGUAGAGUAGUUCUAGUUUGAUAAAACUUAGAUUCAACUACAAUGUUGAGAAAACUAUACUUCGUCUUCUUGCUUAACAUGGCUGUUAAAGGUGCUGUUGGUAAAAGCCUCAAUGAGGAUACGUCCUCGAGCAGCGAAAUAAUCGGAGGUAAAGACGUGGACAUAAAGCAGUAUCCACACCAAAUAGCCAUACUAGACGAUGACCUACGAUUCUUCUGCUCUGGGUCCAUCCUCAGCGAAAACUACGUGUUGACCGCGGCCCACUGUCCUGAAACUUCAAACGGCAUAAUACACACCAAAAUCCGAGCAGGCAGUAGUUUUCAUGCCGAGGGUGGCAAAAUUUAUAAUGUUUUGUCAGUGAUUUUUCAUCCAAAACGCGUAAAGCUCACUUAUGACUAUGACGUAGCGGUAUUGAAGACAGAAAAAAUCGCUAUAGACGGGGUUACUACUAAACCCGUGAAGCUAGCUGACGCAGGCAGCUCCUUGGAACCUGGAGAGCUUGUUGACGUCACCGGCUGGGGAGCAACUGCAAACGAGACGUCAUCUAAUGUUUUGCAACUUGUAUCAUUACCAGUCAUCGACUUCCAGCAAUGCCAACAAUAUUGGAAUAAUUUUCCAGUGACGAUUACUGCAAGAAUGCUUUGCGCGGGAUACGACAUUCCGGUCAAGAGCGCUUGUCACGGAGACUCUGGAGGCCCACUGCACGCGGAAUCAAGUUCAGUGCAAUAUGGAAUCGUGUCGUUUGGAAGCCCUCAAUGCGACACACCCAAGAUACCUAAUGUUUACACCUAUAUCCCGGCCGUACGUGGCUGGAUACAAGAAGUGACCGGGAUUUAAAUCUAGAGGGAUUUAAGUCUACAAUAUACAUAUAUAUAUAAUA